UUAAGUAAAUAAUUCUGUACUUUUUUUAAAGAAAGAAGAUCAAAUUGAUUUGAGGGGGGAAAUAGGUUUAAAACAUAUUCGGAAGAUGAAUAAAUAGAAUUGAGAAAAAAGAUGUAGAGAUAGAAGUAAGAAUGAUGAUGAAGAUAACUUCUGUUUCCUUCUGAUCUCUAAAGACUAUCAACAUUUCACACUUAUCUUUUUUGUUCUUCCUUUUUUCUUCUAAUUUGGGUUGAAACUUUUUGUUCAAUUUUGGUUAAGAAUUAAGGCAGAGAGAGACAGGGGAAUAAUAAGGGAGAGGGUGGACCCCAAUAAUUAUCUUCUGAGAACAAAUUAGCUUAAGUAUUGUUCGCUAAUUAAAUUGAAUAAAUCCGGUUGUCAGAAAGUAAUUUGGUGAUGAUAUUACUCUUUAAUGAAAUCUCUUCCAAAUUCAUCUCAGCUCAGCCUCCACCUCAAGCAUAACAAAUUUUCACAUACACACUCUCUCAUACAUAUUAUGUAAAUUUGCCACUCACUAUAUCGGCUAUCAGCUAGGCCAACAAACUUCAUAAUUUAUGAAUCGUCUGUCCUCCUGUGCCAGCAGUCACUGAACUUUAAAUUAUGCUGGUUUCAUUCUCCGACCACUCAGCAGAUAUUUAUUUCUGCAUUUACAAUUUUGUUCUUGUUUUCUCCCAUGAUAUAGAUCUAGGUGUUACAAGUGCCAUGAUGCAAUAAGUCUGUCAGAGAGUAAAAAACUUAGAGAGAGCAUGGACUGGAUCAAGAAAGUGGCUUUCCAGCUAAAAACUGUUAAAGGUGACGGAUGCACUCAUCUGGAUAAGUCUGUCAGCUUGAUCAAUGUGAAGAAGGCUCUCCAGAAUUAUGGCUUUGGACAGUGUUCCGUACCGCUGUGUGCUGCUGAUAGCUAUAUUGAAGAGGAAGAUGAUGAGCCUGUCAUCUGGCUUUGUUUAGCCUGUGGAAAUCAGGGAUGUUCUCGUUAUAGUCCAGCCCAGCACGCCUUGAAGCAUUAUGAAUCAGCCACGUCAGGCUCACAUCUCCUAGUUGUCGACCUGUUAAACUGGACUGUGUGGUGUUACAAGUGCCAUGGUUUCCUGUGCGAUGAUGCAAUCAUUUCUUCAGAGAGUGGAACACUAGGAGAGUGCAUUGAUUGGAUCAAGAAACAGGCUUUCCAGCAGAAACAAACGGACUACCACAAUUCAUCUGAUGAAGAAACUGUUAAAGGUGACGAAUGCACUCAUCUGAAUAAUUCUGUCAGCUUGAACAAUGUGAAGAAGGCUCUCAAGAAUCAUGGCUUUGGACAGUGUUCAUUGUGUGCUGGUGAUAGCUAUAUGGAAGAGGAAGAUGAUGAGCCUGUCAUCUGGCUUUGUUUAGCCUGUGGAAAUCAGGGAUGUUCUCGUUAUAGUCCAGCCCAGCACGCCUUGAAACAUUUUGAAACAGCCAGGUCAAACUCACAUCCCCUAGUUGUCUGCUUGUCAAAUUGGACUGUGUGGUGUUACCCGUGCCAUGAUUUCCUGUGCCUUGAUGCAAUCAUUCCUUCAGAGAGUAGAAAACUAAGAGAGUGCAUUGAUUGGAUCAAGAAACAGGCUUUCCAGCAGAAACCUGCAGAAAGAUCAGGCAGUAAAAAGAAGAGCAGAGAAGCAGAUGUGGAUGAGAGUCAUGUCAGAACAUAUUCAUCUCCGAUACGAUCACCUCUCCUUACAAAAGAGAGAUCACAACCUAAAUUUAGGCUCACGGAGAAGUUGGCCCCAACAGCUGCUGUAGAGACAGCCUCCUCCAGGACCAAGACUGUAUCAUCUGAUGAGGUGAUAGCAGCAAACCUGGCUGGUAGCAGGGAGCAGUUCACCAACCUGCAGAGACAGUUGCUGGGCCGCCCCGAGAAGCCCCAGGAGAUGCAGGAGCGGGAUGCUUUCCUGGACUGGGUCAAGCAGGCAGUGGCAGGCCUCGAUAAGACUCUCUGGCGCAACUUCCAGCGCGAGAUACAACAACUCGUCAACCACUACGUUGACAUGCAGGACCAGCAGCAACAGGAACAACAGGAACUCCGACCUAGACCAGGCCUUUCCACAAACCAGGACAGUGACCCCUGCCCCAUGCAGCGGCGAACUCCUCAAUCACAACUGCCUUACCAGGUAGUUAACACUAUCCCUGUGUUGGGGUCACAGGAGGGUGCAUGGGUGCAGCAGCAACAGUUCCAGCAGCUAGUCAGUCCAUCAUCUACCCCCUCCAUUGACUCCAGCACCCCAGACAGACCGUCCCAGGAGAGGCCAAGCAUGAAUUUUACAGGCUUCAGUUCCCUGUUAGAUAGUAUGAGUGAACAGCAGCAAGAUCACCCUGCCAGCAGCAGGCCAGCUACUCAGAGACAUUUUUAGAGACUUUACACAGACUUUUCCAUGUUUUGUACACAAAUCACGAAAAUGAGUGAUUCAGGCUGACAUGCAAAGACAAAAGGUAACUAAGAUUCUUUUGAGUUAACAAAUUAUCAUGAACAAUGUAGAGGCUAUAUGUAGAGGCUAUAUAGGGUUAAUACACAAAUAUUUUGCACUUCUUUGGGGAAUUUCUGGGAUAUUUGUGAAAAAUAAAACAAUUCACACUCCAGUCCAUAAAAUAGACGCAGUAUUCACAUCGGAGGUAACACAAGGUCAAAUCUAGUAAAUGCCAUUUAUUUCAAAACCUGAAACUUUUAAACAGCCAACCAAACAAUGGUAAAUAAGACAAAUUCCAAACCUCAGUCCCAUCUGUAUACAUAUAAAAACAAAUCACAUUGCUGGGAAGACUUGUUCCAUAUCAUAAGUUGCCAAAAAUAACUUAUGUACAAAUUCCUGUAGGGUGUUGCGGACACUACAUUUUAUACAUGUAUAAUGCUAUUCAUUGAUGCAAUAUAUAAGUUAUCCAAUUACUUUUUCUGUCAUUAUGGUUGUUGCUGCAUAUCUUGAGGCCUACCGGUAAUUAAAAUUUGAAAAACCAACAGAGAGUACGGUAUUUUUUUCAAAUCUGUUCAUUGCAAUUUUCCAGUUCGAGGUACAAAAAGCUAAAAAGAAAAACAUGUAAAAUGAAUUUUUAAAUUUUAAAAAUUUGAUAGUAUUGGCUGAUACUACUACUUAUAAACUUUUUAACCAAAACAUACUUUUACACCAUGUCCAUAUAAAAAAACAGACACUCAUUCUAUUUUGAUGCAUCAAGAUUAAGUGCUCUACAAUUGACUUUAGCCUGUUACAGGUCUCUUUGUAAUUGACAGAUACUCAUUUAUCCAGUAUGGAAUGUUAGCCAUGUGUUUUCUUCUGCCAACUUUGGUCUAUGAACAUUAUUUGGUCCUGAAACAAGAACCUUUGAGAGAUUAUUCCUAAGAUCAAUUUAUAUAGGAAUUCUUGUAAUUUGGGGUACUAAAGGCUGAAAUUCCAAUAAAAUGCUUCAAAGUGUCAGGUUAUCAGUGAAAAAUACCGGCUUCAUAUAACAACAAAACAAUCGUUCUGUUUUAGUGCAUAAACAUGUAGUAUAUGAUGUCAAAAUUAACUUAUUUACAACUGUCUGUAGCUUGUUACAGACACUACAGCUCAUACUGAUACAGGCGCAUUGGUCAUUUAACAAUGUGUUAUCUGCCAACUUUCAUUUUGGGGCAGUGUUUCAGCAAUUCAUGAAAUAGGAGACUUCAAGAGAUGUUUCACUUGUGCAAUAUAUUGUCCAGUGAGAACUAGAAGGGCGAUAAUGCCAUAGACGUGCAUCCUGGUUUUAAACAGUAAAUCAAUAACGUCCUUCUUGCUUUCACCAGUGAUAUAUUAUAGACUUUAAUUGAUUCAUGUAUUUUCACGUGAGAGUGUUUUAUAAACUAUUGGUGCGUACACCAAUGGACAAAACAUGGCAACUUAUCUUCAUGUAUUCAUAUUUCAAUGAUAUCCUUGCUGAUAUGUAACACCACAGUCUUUCUGAUGCUUAUCAUAGCAUAGCAUCAUUUCAAUACAAAUUUACUGUCCAGCUUUUCCACCUCAUCCUGAUUAAAGCGAUGGUAUGCUCACUAACUUGUACAAUGGCUGGUUCUUCCAUGAUUCGUAUUAUAUUAGUCUUUGGGUGUGUUGCCUCUCUUUCCGCUGUAAAUUCACACAUAGUUGUGUUGCUUCUUAUUAUGAAUGUGAGCUGGAAGUGUUUGCCCUGACAUCAGUUGCCUGAAAAAUGUGGAAAAAUUAUCAAUUGAUUUCAUGCAUAAUAGCUGCAUAUUUGAGUCAUCUUAGGCUUGUACAUUGUAACUUUGAAAUUGACUACAAGUAUUUUAGACAUUUUUUAUUUAGAUUAGCAAUAAGAGGAAUUAUAAAUGUUCUUACCAUUGCCACGUAAGCAAUUUCUUAGAAACAGUACAGCAAUGUAAGUGUAAUAAGGAUUUCGAUCCUGCAAAAUAAAAAAUAGUGCAAAUAAAAGUUUUAAGAUACAUAUUAUGUAUACAUGAAUAUAGAUGUAUUGACAUUUUAUUUUCAUAUCAAGGUUAAUGUUAACUUUAACAUAUGUACAAAAAUGUACCUGUCUGCAGAAGUUGUAAAUGUUUUAUAUGAAUAUUUUGAGGUAUUGUAUUUAUGAAUAUUUGUGUUAGUAACAGGCACUCAACUUAAGCAAAAUUGGCUGUAAAGUUGCAAGUGUAUAGUAAUGUAUAGUACAGUGAAAUGCAAUUUAUAUAUUUCAAUACAAACUUACGUGUCAAUGUGGUGUGGUCGAGAUGACCAGCAUACAGAUCUGGUGUGACAUCAGCAACAGCUUCUUGAUGGGCCCAGUAUUUGCAUCCACACUUGUGGAGCCUGUGUCAGUUUCUUGUCUUGUGUCUGAUGUGUGGGUCUCCCUCUACACUUGCAGCUGAUAAUAUUUGGUCAAAGUUAAUAUUUGGUCAGACAUGAUUGCAUCAAAGUGGCAUCAAUUGAAUGGUCUCCAUUUGUGUUGGGUGUACUUGGUCGUAGCUGGACUCUUGUUACCCUUUUUGUGUUGCUUGCUUUCAGUUUCAGUUUAAGUUUCAGUUUAUUUUCAUAUUUCACAUUUUGUAUAAUACAUCAUUACAUUUGGCAUGUUACAAUUUGUGUAAUCAUUUUUGGAUGCAUUUAUACAAACAAAAAGAAUAAUACAUAAGACUAAGUUAAAUAAAGGAAGAAAUAUGAUGGAGCCUAACCGGAAAGCAAUGCUUGUAGUAGGUCAUAGGCUCCGGAAGUUAUAACAAUAAUAUAGUCUUGUGUUUAUUAAAUAACGUAAUUUAAUUAAAUUGAAACUUAUUAUGAAGAAAAGAUAAACAAUGUUCAUAUACUUUGUUCUUGAGCUUAUCCAUAACCUUCUGUUGUUUCUGUUUUUUCUCUCAUUCUGCUUUCGCUCUCUUUCUUUGAUCUUUGCUGCUGUGCAUUUACCAGCCAAGGACAUGGCAAUUGAAAGUGUUUGUUUGAUUUUUUCCCUGUCCUGAACUUUCUCAUGUACUCUAUUUUAAAUUUUUUUUUUGCAUUAAUGCUGCAUCGUGCAAACCGCGUCCAAUCUAUAUAAAACAAACCUUCAUACACGUUUUCUUGGUCAUGCAUGCUUACAGUAUUUAUAUGUGACUGAGACCGUCUGGAUAUCAACUCAUAAUAGCAACAAAACAAAAUGCAGAAGAAAAUUAUUUGACAGGCAGAAAGCAACGCAAAAAUGAUCAUGCAUUUGCAUGUAAGUGUGUCAUUAGAAUUAUUGAUAUUGUUUCAUUACAUCUUGUGAUUAGUAUGCAUUCAAGCUUUUGGAAUUGUUUGUGUGUAUUUGUAUGAAAGAAAGGGUUUGGAAAUGCACAUGAUGCAAUUUCAAAUGCAAUUUACUGUGUGAAACGCCAUGUCGAAUACUUGAAUACUCUUUUUAAAAAAAAUUUUGGAGUCACUUUUAUACAGUAAUACAGAAUUACAGAUAUGUGCAAGCCAACCAAUUUUGUUUUUAAUCAUCUCAACCACAACCUUUCUAAACCUGAUCAAAUAUGGGACAUGCACGGCCAGGCACUAGUAUAUAGGAAAUCUUCAAAUGUUAAUCAGUUAUAUGACAAAAUAACUUUUCUUUUUCCUUACGAAAAAGUAUACAUGUACCGGUAGUCAGGCCUGAAUUGAGUGGCAAAACAAUUAUUGUGUUAGAAGGAAAAACAUAUUUCAUGACAUUCCAAUACCAUUUCAAUACCCCAAUAACCAAUAUUAUUGGAGAGUUGUUCUUUUUCAAAACUUACUCAAUAAAAAAAAGUAUUAUUAACUGGCCCAGAUACUUCAGCCUCUCACGAAACGCAAGUAGUGUCUCAGGCCUAGGCCUGAGGUGUCUUUCCAUUUUCAUGUUGUUGCUCUUUGCACGCUAUUUUGUAUGGGGUGGUGGAGUAUCCGCCUAUACAACUUUAAUCGUACAAAAACUACAAAUUGUCUUUCUUGGCACGUUUGUUUGUUUGGUAUAAAACACAACUUGUAAUCAUAUUAUAAUUAUCAUAUUACAGGUCAAUAAAGUCUACUUUUUUAAACUCAA